CUGUGCUGGGUUUGCCGGUAUUACUUCCAAGGUGUAUGUUCCUGGCAAUGGUUAGUAUUAUCCCAGCAUCAUACCUGUCCUCUUUGCCUUGUCAUUGAGUUUGUCGGGAAUUUUGUUCUCAUAUUGGUCACUAAUAAUGUCCUUGUAUAACAAACAUUUGACAUUUGCUCUAGUUUCUGCCUGACCUGUCCUUUUAUUUUUAGUACUUUAAUUAUUUGUUUGUGAUAUCUUUUUAGGCAAGGUGGGGGUGGGGGGGAGUUGCCGGGAAGGGAUGGGUGUUUUUUGAGUGCUAUUGGCUCUAUUUUAAUGUAGUAUUUGUUCAUACUUACUCAUCGAAUCUGGGUGAGCUUCCCCAUGAAUCUUGGGGAGUAGACUUCCUGCCACUCAAGCCAUGGGAGAAGCUCAAGGGAUGGGUGUUUACUAACGAAGAAUUCUCCAAGAGAAGAUAGACUCAAGGGAAAACAUGAUGAAUAGUACCUGCAGGUUUUAUCCAUAUCAUUAUGCUCCAUUCGCCUCUGAUCUUAAAGGGCUAGCAGACUUAGAGAUUACAUUCUUCCGCGGUGAACCAUUUAGGCCCUUUGAUCAGCUGAUGGGUGUCUUACCUGCUGCGAGUUCAAGUGCUCUUCCUGAAAGAUACAGGACAUUAAUGACUGAUCCAUCAUCUCCCAUUAUUGAAUUUUAUCCAACCGACUUUGAAUUAGACAUGAACGGGAAGCGUUUUGCAUGGCAGGCUGUUGUGAAGUUGCCGUUCAUUGAUGAGAAUAAGUUGCUUGCUGAAACAAAGAGGCUAGAAGAUACUUUGACGCCAGAAGAGCAACUAAGAAACAGCGUGAUGUUUGAUUUGCUGUAUAUUCACCCUUUACAUCCUUUGGCACCAUAUAUCCUGACUUACUAUCGCCAUAAUGUUUCCGUGCCUCCGAAGGAACAAAUACCAUGGCCAAUUGAUGCUAGUACAAGUGGUGGAAUGAAUGGAUUCAUUUGGUUGUCAGAAAGAAAUGGGCUGAAAAAUGUGGUUCCUCCCCCAAUUCCCGAAUUGGAUGCCAUUACUAACAAUCAAAUUUUGAAUAUUACCUUUCUGAAUCCUCCUCCCCACAAGCACAUACCAAAGCCUCCUGCAGGAGUAAUUAUGCCUAGUAAGGCUGUGAGACAGUUUGAUGUAAAACCCUUACCUGCGUUAUGGCAUGAAGAGUAUGGCUCUAGGCGGCAGCUUGGCAAAGAUAGGCCCCCAGUAGCUGGUGCGAUUGCCGGUCCUUCAUUAGGAGAAGCGGCACAUCGCUUGCUCAAGAGCACAUUAAAUAUCGGGUAUGGGGGGAAUUGCGGAGGAGCAUCAAACCAGGCAAACUUCCGAAAUAGCCCUGGAAGCAAUAAUAUGAUAACUAAGCCAAGGGCUUUUGGUGGAUCAUGGGGACGAGAUGAGGGGUUUUAUGACCAAACGAAUUCUAAUCAAAGCUCAGCAGGAAACCAUGUUGGUUAUCGGGCUCGAGCUGCUGUACAAUCUGGUCGGUUUUAUGACGAUCCUUCUUCAUAUGGUAAUCAUUACAAUAAUGCCCCUCGUGGUGUAAUGGGCAUUCCCGGCCCAAGAUAUGGGCCACCCUCUCCCUAUGAGUUUCAAGGAAACCGCCAACAUUUCAGAGGGCAGGACAGAGUUUUUCAUCAAGAUCAGUACCACGGCAAUAGGGGUGGAAUGCCGUUGUCUGUCCCAAACGAGUUCCAUGGAACCCGCCAAAAUUACAGAGGGCAAGACAGACAUUUUCAUCCAGAGCAGUACCAUGGCAUCAGGGGUGGACCGUCGUUGCCUGCCCCAAAUGAGUUCCAAGGAAACCGGCAAAAUUUCAGAGGACCAGGCAGGCUUUUACACCAAGAUCCGACCCACGGCAUCAGGGGUGGGAUGUCUGCAUUGACGAUUGAAGGCAGUGGAAGAACGAGGCAACAAACAGCACCUUCUCCUAGAUUGCCUCACGUUCAGCCCAUCCCUCCAUUCGCGAACAACAAUGUGGGCCCACUUCCAUCACCGCCUCCAAGGUGGAUCACCCGACCUUCAUCUAGCGGCGGCAGGGGGAUGAGCUCAAAGCAGCAAAUAACCUCAAACGACGGGCGUGAGAAGCAGGUUAAGAUGGUGUAUCAAGUCAAAACGCGCCCAGCUCACCCGGGGUCACUGCAGUAAGGUCUUUUUUCAUCAUUCAUUCAUCGUCAUUAUUCUUUAGGGUUACAUCUUUGCUUGUAUCUUGUAACAAACAAACAGAACAAGAGGAAGAAGUAGGAGUUGUAGAUUCAGGGAUGUCCUUCAGCAUCAAAACUAGCUAUGAAGGAAGGGAAAGAAAAAAACAAAAAGGACGGUCAUUGUAAAUUUGGUUAGGUGUAUAUGAAAUCCAUACAUCUACUAGUCUUACUGGUGCAGUGUAAGUUUUCUUUUGUGAAGAGACAAACAGCAUUGGUCACAGAUGAUAUCUUUUUCAGUAUGUUUCUAUACACUUUAUUUGUGCGUUAAGCACUGAGCAAAUAGCUACAUAAAGAAAAAAAAUGGCG